AUGGCAGUUGCUACUUCGCAUGCUUAUCCAGGUUACAACAACUCCAACACAUCACCCUCCAUUCCCUCGCACACAAACCAUUCGAACUUCGCAAACAGACAUCCCGAUAGCCCAGUGUCGUUGACUUAUUCGGGUGCUUCUCACCCAGCAAUGGCUCCAGCUCCUAUGGCGAAAAAGUCAAAGGGGAAGAAGCCUUCAGACCCCAGCGAAACAUCCAAACUGCUAGCAGCCAAAAUAUCACAACUCGAGCAAGACGCUGCGGGCGAAAAGGACCAAGAGGCUGAAAUUGAAAGAGAAGUUAAGAAAGCUACUCGGGACCUGAAUCAACUAUUGAACAGCAUAGAAUCACCCGCGACACGUGUUGAGGCUGUCCAAAAGAGAUAUUCCGACCUUCUUGCAGAGAUGAAAAAACUUGAUCGAGAUUAUGCCAAGAGUAGGAAGAGGGCUGAUCAGUUACAGAAGGAUCAAGACAAGGGGAAAGCUGAGCUGAACAAGAUAGCUACUAUGAAAGACAAACUUGAAAAGCUGUGUCGAGAGCUGACGAAGGAAAAUAAAAAAGUCAAGGAUGAAAACAAAAGGCUUGAGGAGACAGAAAAGAAAGCCCGUGGUUUAGUGAAUGCACGACUUGACUCACUACUUUUCGACAUCCAAGACUUCGUGACAGCAAGGGGUGACGCUCGUGGGGAGAAAGCCGAUAUCGACUUGGACGACGCUGUUCGAGCGAAAAUUAAAACGAUUGGCGACAAGUUUGAAGCUCGGGAACAUCACUACAAAUCACUUCUACGCAGCAAGGAUGCAGAAAUCCAAAGCCUCACUGCCAAAUAUGAAGAGCAAAGACGUGCAGCAGAGAACGAGGCACACAGAUGUCGAGCUCUCAGCACACAGGUCUCUACCUUUUCACAGACGGAAGCCGAACUACGAAGUCAGCUCAACAUUUACGUAGAAAAAUUCAAGCAAGUUGAAGAUACACUAAAUAACAGCAACGAACUUUUUUUAACCUUUCGCAAAGAAAUGGAGGAAAUGGCCAAGAAAACGAAGAGACUCGAAAAGGAAAACAUGACACUCACUCGAAAACAUGAGCAGACGAACCGUAACAUUCUGGAGAUGGCAGAGGAACGGACGCGAAAUAACGACGAACUUGAAAAGUGGCGCAAAAAGAGCAACAACCUUGAAGCUCUUUGCCGUCGGAUGCAGGAACAAGGCCGGGGUCAAGCACUUGCUGGUGAGCUUGAUGCGGUAGAUGACGAAGGGACAGAAAGCGAAUAUGACGACGAAUAUGAGGAUGAAGAAGACGAUGAAGAUAUAAGUGACGAGGGAGAAUAUGAUGAUGAUCGUCAUCACCACCACCAUGGUGAACAUCAACAUGCCCCAGCGCCAAACCGACCUCCUGAUGGGAAACCCGUUUUUGGGCCGCCGCCACCGCCUGCGCUGACGGAGACGAAAUCUAAUGGUCAUCGCGGUGUGUUAAAUGGAUACAAGCAUUAA